GCUCCUACAAGCAAACAGAGAAACCAAAAAAUGAGAACCCAUUCGCCCACUGCGGCCUCAUCGCUUCUUUCUCUCUUCUCUGUCUUCUCUCUUUACUUCUUUGCUUCAUCUUCAUCAUCUGUAACUCCCGAAACCCCCACUAUCACCAUCCCCCUCUCUCCAUUGUUCACCAAACACCCAUCCUCAGAUCCUAUCAAGACCCUCUAUUAUCUUACCUCUGCUUCUCUAACCAGGGCUCGCCAUCUCAAGAGGCCGAAAUCCCCUUCUCCUCUCCCCAAAAUACAAGUCUUCCCACACGGCUAUGGAGGCUAUUCCAUAUCCCUCAGCUUUGGUACACCCCCGCAAACCCUACCUUUUAUUUUGGACACAGGCAGUAGCCUCACCUGGUUCCCCUGCACCUCACGCUAUCUCUGCGCCAAUUGCGCCUCCCCCAGCGUCCACCCGGCCAAAAUCCUCAAAUUCAUUCCAAAACUAUCGUCCUCUUCGAAGAUUCUGGGUUGCAAAAACCCCAAAUGCGCCUCAUUUUUUGGCCCAGAUGUCCAGUCUCGGUGCCAAGACUGCAGUCCAGCUUCACAAAACUGUUCACAGAGUUGCCCUCCUUACGUAAUUCAAUACGGUUUAGGGUCAACCGCCGGAUUACUUCUUUCGGAGGCACUGGAUUUUCCCGUGAAGACCUUCCCCAAUUUUCUUGUCGGGUGCUCAAUUUUCUCAACCGGCAUACCCGUCGGCAAUGCCGGUUUUGGUCGUAGUUCCGAAUCGUUGCCCUCACAAUUGGGUCUCAGUAGAUUCUCCUACUGUCUGCUGUCCCGCCGCUUCGACGACACCAUGGAGAGCAGCGACCUUAUUUUGUAUGGUGGGUCCGGUUCGACCAAGACCCCGGGCCUUAGCUACACGCCGUUCCGCAAAAACCCAGUUUCCAACAACACUGCAUUCCGGGAAUUCUACUACGUAACCCUUCGUAAAGUCAUCGUGGGCGACAGGACCGCGAAGAUCCCGUACAAAUUUCUGGUGCCCGGGGCUGACGGUCACGGCGGGACUAUAAUGGACUCUGGAACGACCUUCACCUUCAUGGAAAAGCCGGUCUUCGACGCUGUGGCGAAGGAGUUUGAAACUCAGAUGGCUAACUAUACUAGAGCUGUUGACAUCGAAGCCCAGUCCGGUUUAGGGCCGUGUUUCAAUAUUGGGGGUAAGAAAAACCUGAUUAUUCCGGAUUUAACCUUUCAAUUUAAGGGUGGUGCGAAGUUGACCUUGCCGCUUGGGAAUUAUUUUUCGUUUGUUCGUAAUUCGAGCGUCGUCUGCCUGAUCAUUAUCACCGACGACGUGCUCGGUUCGGGCCCCAGUGGCGGGCCGGCCAUUAUAUUUGGUAGUUUUCAGCAGCAGAAUUUGUACGUGGAAUACGAUCUGGAAAAUGAGAGGCUUGGCUUCCGGAAACAAAGUUGCAAGAAGUGAGCUGGCGCAGCAAUGGGACAACUACAAUAAUAGUAGUAGAGCUCCAAAAAUAAGAACUUCCAAAAAAGAAAAGUAGUGGUGGAGUUGCAUUAUUGGAUGGGCCUGAUCAGUAUGUGCACGAUGCUCUGCGAAUUUUAAACAGAUGUUGGGGUGACGGCGGCGGCGGCGGCGGCGGCGGCGGCGGAAUAUAUAUAUAUAUACGGUAUAAUUAGUAGACGGAAGUGUAACGAGCAAUAUGUAUGAGUGUGUAUAUAUAUAUAUAUAUAUAUAUAUGGAAGUGUAAUAAUACUAGAGGCUAUCCUCAUAAUGUCCAAAUAAUAAUUAUUUUUUUAUCAAACAAUUAUU